UUGUUGUCUCCUACAAGGAGGCGAAUGAGGAGGAGCGUGACGUGAUGAUGGAUGCUUUCUUCAGUGCUGGCCAAUCAGAGAGGGCGCUUUAAUUGCUUUAUGAAUUAAAUUGAACAUUCACUUGAACGUCAUUUUUAGGUCAAGGGGGUUCUUCAAAGAUGGUUCACCCUCUUCAAAAUAGUGUUUUCAUUCCAAAAGUGAGGCCUUUGUAAGACGUCGCUGCUAUGUUUCACCCCUAAUUUCUCAGUUGUCGUUGGUCCCAAACAAAAUGGCAGCGUUAAACAUCAGCCACCUGUUGACGGCUGGCAAUUUGGAUCACUACGUGGACAACUACGAGGUGGACUACGGCAUUCCGCCCGACGAAAUCCCCGACACCACACAGAGUCUGGCCUUCUACGUAGCCACCAUCAUCAUUGGCGUGGUCCUGGCCUGCAUCAUGCUGGUCUGCGGCUUGGGGAACUUCAUUUUCAUCGCUUCGUUGACGCGUUACAAGAAGCUACGCAACCUCACCAACUUGCUCAUCGCCAAUUUGGCGAUUUCCGACUUGGUGGCGGUGGUGUGUUGUCCCUUUCUGGUCGACUACUAUGUGGUCAAACAACUGUCGUGGGAUCACGGCUUGGUGUUGUGCGCUUCGGUCAAUUAUCUGCGCACCGUCUCGCUCUACGUCUCCACUAACGCCUUGCUCGCCAUUGCGGUGGACAGGUACAUGGCCAUCGUUCAUCCUCUGAAGCCUCGAAUGAAGUACGAAACGGCCUACUGCCUGAUAACCGGAGUCUGGAUUAUUCCAAUCGUCAUCUCAUUUCCGUCAGCUUACUUUGCUUCCGCAACUAAGUACCCUCAGGGCGGCGCCGCGUUGAGCGCUCCCAAAGUCUUCUGCGCUCAGAUCUGGCCCGUGGACCAACAGGCCUACUACCGCUCCUACUUUUUGUUGGUAUUUGCCGUGGAGUUUGUCGGACCCGUGAUAAUCAUGGCCAUGUGUUAUACCCAAAUUUCCCGCGAGCUCUGGUUCAAGAAUGUGCCCGGUUUCCAGACGGAGCAGAUACGAAAGCGACUGCGCUGCCGCCGCAAAACCGUCAUGGUCCUGAUCGGUAUCUUGAUGGCCUACAUCCUGUGCUGGGCCCCGUACUACGGCUUCGCCAUUCUGCGGGACUUCCACCCGACGCUAAUCUCCCGCCAGAAGAAUUCACUGGUGGUCUUCUAUAUCAUCGAAUGCCUCGCAAUGAGCAACAGCAUGAUCAAUACUUUCUGCUUUGUCAGUGUCAAAAACAACACGGUCACCUAUCUGAAGAAGAUUGUGCUGGUGAGAUGGAGGUCAACGUACGCCCCGGCUCGGACUGUGGAUGAACUGGACUUGAGGACCUCCUCCUUGCCUGUCACAGAAGAAAUUGAAUGCAUUCAUCUGAGGUAAAGAUGAACAUUUGCCCUCAUUUGACUGUAAACCAAAAGCACAAGAGAGGAAAUCAUUCAAUCAUUUGGUCGGGUAAAACAGAAACAAGUCGCAUGUUUCAGUGUUUUGAUUUUAGAAGUAACCCUUUUGAAGGCUAUAGUCGUGAUGUCAUUGUGUCGGUCGGUCGCUCGCUCUUAAGUGUACACUGCAUUGUGAAAUGAAGCCGGAUGACUCGGAUGUAACUGCUGUAUUGCUUUAUGGUCCAGCCACACGAUGUAUGCCAUAUUGUUCUCUGUACUCUUACUGUAUGAUUAUUUUGUGGUGCCAUUUAGUCGAGUGUUUGCUGUUAAAUUGCUUUCCCAUAAAUUGUGAGCCAAUCAAGACAUUCUGUCUUUUUCUUAUUGCUUACCCUUUAGUUGACAUUAAACGCAACAGUGUUCGAAUGACUCAAAUAAACA